AUGCAGGGAUUAAGUAUUCAAAGUUUGAAGAAACACAAGGCUCUUAUCCCCUUGUUUGUGUGUGUGGGAUUGGGAUGUGGUGCAUCAAUGUUCUAUAUACUGAGACUUGCAACACGUAAUCCAGAUGUCUCAUGGAACAAGCGUACCAACCCAGAGCCCUGGGAAGAGUACAGAAACAGGCAAUACAAGUUCUACUCACCCAACAUUGACUACAGCAAGGAGCAUUCACCCGCUCCCAAGUAUUAA